GUCCGUACGGGGCAAGGCAGUGGGCAAAUAACGAAGGCCUUGUCUUGAAUACGCAGCGUAACCCGCGAAUGUGAUCGUUGACCCACUUUUCAAACUGGCAAGCUUAUGUCGGUUCGAAGCAAUCUCGCGUUUUGACUGGGUCAGGUAAUCUAUAUAACCGUGUCAGAAUCUAUAACUGCACAGUCUGUCAAUCACUGGUCACGAUUUGACGGAGACUAUCCAAUGAUGUCCCAAUUAGAUAAAUACAGUAGUACUGGUAUAUAUUUUAAUCAAGUUCUAUAGAAAUGGUCAAGCGAGCGAAUAAUUCAAUAGCAUUUAUACGAACUCGUCAUUCAUGAAUAUGGAUCGUCGUAACUCAGAAAAUCGGGCUCCAAUUUUUGAAGAUAUUUUCGAGUUAAUCGGUCAUAUCGGAACUACUCAAGUAUGCAUGUACUUAAUUGCUUGCGUAAUAGAAGUGGCAGUCAGUUUGUCUGUUCUUUUCUAUUCUUUGGAAUACGCAAAUCCUGGCUGGACAUGCCUGGAAGUCUCAAACUCAUCAGAUACGUUGAUUACGCAAAACGGAACCGGAAACGAAACUGGUAUAUGGACUUCCGGUAACUUGAUGGAGAAUGUGUGCCCGUUAACCAAUUCUUCGUGCGUGAAUCUAACAUACUCUGAUGAAUACACUUCCAUAUCAACAGAGUGGAAUCUGAUAUGCGACAGGCGCUAUAUUGGCCGACUGACGGCCAGCCUCUACUUCGUUGGCGUCCUCCUCGGGGCUUGCAUCAGUGGUCAACUUUCGGACACCUUCGGCCGAAAGAAGACCAUUCUGGUGAUGUGGACCAGCCUCAUCAUCUUCCAGACAUGUACGGGAGUCGCCCCAAAUUGGGAGGUUUAUCUUCCUCUCAGAAUUCUUGCCGGAGUAUUCGCAGGGGGAUGUGCCACUGUCGCCCUCAUUCUACCAAUGGAAUACCUUGGUCCAAAGUACCGCAUAUUGACGUCGAAUCGAAUCGGCUGGCAGAUAGGAGGCAUGCUAUUGGCACUGGCAGGUUACCUGACCCGGAGAUGGCGGAAGACUGCACUUGCGGUUGGUCUCUUGACGCUGCCAUUUGUACCACUGUUUGCUCUUUUCAUUCCAGAGAGCGCCCGCUGGUUGAUUCAGAAAGGUCGAGUCGAGGAAGCCAAGUUGUGGAUAAAAAGAAUCGCCAAGUACAACCGGCGUCCCCCAUCCGAUCUGAGCGUCUUAGACAAGAUAGCUGAGGCUGAGAACGCUAGGAUGCGUAUGCAGGAACGGUAUACCUAUCUGGAUCUCUUUCGGACGAAGAAAUACGCGGUCCGCUCUCUGGUGCUUAUGUUGGGCUGGUUUGACAUCGCGAUCCUUGCUUAUGGUAUAACAGCUGAUAUGGAAAAGUUAACCGGGAGCAUCUACUUCAAUAUGGCCAUCACGAGCGUUCUCAUGAUAUCACUCAGAUGGACUGCCAUACCAAUCGCGAACAGAAUCGGCCGAAGGAAGACUUAUCUUCUCUCGAAGAUUGGUGUCAUGGUCUGCUUACUGGUGGUUAUGAUUCUAGCCAUCAUGGACCAUGAACGGUUUGGGACGGUCAUCACGGGGAUGGUCCUAGCCUCAUUUGUCUGUCAGGCGGGAGUAUGGUGCAUGGUCUUCAUUUACCCAUCCGAAGCCUACCCAACAUUACUACGGACCAGAGCAACCGCCUUAGGGAACAUGUCUGCUCGGAUGGCUGGUAUUGUGGCACCACAGGUAGGACUGCUGUCCCAGUACCACACGUCUGGCCCGUAUGUCCUCUAUCUGGUCAUUGCAUCGGUCACCCUCGUCCUAUUCUACGGGAUCAUGCCCGAGACCAACGGGAAGCCUUUACCAGAGGAUCUUCCGCCGCAUGGAGGGAAAAAACCGGACCAGAACGGGGCCACACAAUCAGAGGAGGUUGAGAUGUUGAAGGUGGAUUCUCGGGAACCUUGAUCCACUGCCGCAACUGCUGUCCGACCGCGUCUUGCUUGAAUUCUCUGUGUUUAUCACUUGAUUUCUAGUGUCUCGAUAAUUCUCUCGUAAUUUUACUGUUUUCACAUAGAUGGAGAGAAUGCAGUUGUUGAUAAUUUCAUUACGGUCACUCGGUAGUUUGGUGAGCGUUUCCAUUCUGGUUUUGCUCUAUCAAAAAGAAGAUUGUUGAAGGCAAAGGUACUAACAACUUGAAGAUUGGGUCACCUUCAAAGGUCCGGACGUCACUACUAUCCUUUUACAAAAUCGAAGAUAAGCGAAUACAGAUGAGAAUUUGGAAUAAUACAUGGUGAGCAA